ACACCCUUUUCUGGCUGUCAGGACGAAGCAGAUCGUCCACACUCUUUCGACCUCACCGCGCAAACAUGGCACGUCCGCCCAACCCAAUCGAUGAAUACCGCGACUAUGUCACUCAUCUCUACCUCAACGGCGUCUCGCGAAGCAGGAUUCAGUACAAGCUUCGGAAGCAUCAUCGCGUCAUCGUCAAUCUCAGCACAAUCUCUCGCCGAAUCGCAAGCUGGCAUCUCCCACGCCAGCAAGCCCGUACCAAAGAGAGUCCAGAGCUUAUAGAGGCCACCCGCGACCUGAUAUUCCGUGUUGGGCUUAGCGAGAAGCAGACAUUGAGCGUUCUACAGAGACAGGGCUGGCCGAUCACGAAACGAGGUCUGAAGCGCAUCAGGCUUCACCCAGACCGCCGCUGGGUGCGCAGGCUUAAUAGCGAUGAGGAGCGCCUUGCGUUGCUGGAGAAGACAGAGAAGGUUAUUAUCGAAAUGACACGACGUUCCAAUGCCAUUUCCGGAUAUGGCAAAAGCCUCCUACAGCCUUAUCUUCGCCAGCAAAGGCAGUUCUGGGUACCAAGAGAUCCUCUCUUUGCGAUGUACAAAAUCAUGUUCCCGAACGAGGUCGAGAUCCGGAAAAGGAUGUUUCGGAGGAAGAAAGGACAUUUUCUUGUCCCUGGUCCGAACUACCAGUGGUGUAUUGAUGGUUAUGACAAGCUCAAGGCGUACGGAUUCGAGAUAUAUACUGCAAUCGACGCCUACUCGCGUAACAUUAUCUGGUUUUAUGUUGGCCACUCUGCUACAACUGCUUUGAGCGUUCUGAAGCAGUAUUUGGCUGUAUGCGAUAUAUAUAGCUUCCGGCUAUGGUAUCUGCAGGCAGACAGAGGUAGCGAGACGCCGCUAAUCGCUGCAGCUCAUUGGAAUUUUGCUUUGGCGGCAGACGGACGGGUGGAGUGGAACGGGAAGGUUUUCCAGCAAGGGAAGCGCCUAAAGGAUUCCUAUAAGGCCGCACCGAGCACAAAGAAUGUCAAGAUCGAAAGUUGGUGGGAGCGCAUGCUGCAUGUAUCUUCCCGGCAGUGGGUGGACUACUUUGGGGAGCUUGCCAGGGACGGGGACUUCGACGGCGAUGUGCUGGAGGAUCAGAUCGCCAUCUAUGCCGUCUUCGAAGAUAUAUUACGCCAAGAACUCUUCGACUUUGUGGAGGCGUGGAACAUUCAUCGGAUCCGCCUUCAGAAGAACCGUCCGCACGUGGUCCACGAGGGACUGCACAGACCACUGGCUGAUAUCGACAUUAGCAGUUGUUUGGAGCCACAGACAAAGGAUUGGUGUCGCCAAGUUCUCGUCGAAAUGGGCUACGAUGACGUCGUCCAUGGGACUCACCAGGAGCCAGACAAGCUGCGGCCUUUCAAGCGAUUCUACCUGGGCCUUCGAGAUAGAAUCAUUCAGCACAUCGAAAGUAGCCGACAGCCUACAUUGGCAUAUCGCAAAGCGCCAACAGGGGGCGUUGCCGAAUAUAUAAGCCCUGCCGUUUCUCUGCGGGUUCACGAAUCUAAACGCAUAUAG